AUGACUAUGCCUCUCACCAAUACCCGGCGAGAGAAGGAUUUCUUGCGGCCGAUGUUCCUGGCCCUUUCCCCUCUCUUUCUUGUCUGUGGACUGCCUUGGGCUUGGGCUUGGGUUUGGGCUUGGGUCGCCAAGGCCCCCAGUCCAAUUUCUAACAACGAGCGCCCAAAGUGGAGGAGGUCAAAUAAAAACAAGAACCACUACCGGAAGAGCGAGGGCCUUCCCGAGCUCUAA